CCUGGUGGUGGGAGGCUGCCACUUUUAGCGUCUGCCAUGGACUGUGGUGUCUCCAUGUCAUGAAAUGUGGUUUCCUCAGGAAGUGCUGGAGCGGGCCCUGUUUCCGCUUCUCUGCCCUGACAUGCGCGGCGCCUCUGGCUGGACGGCACUCGGCAGUGUCCGCGUCUGCGUCAGGCAGCCCACUGCCCUCGCGUGGGCUCCUCAGGAAUGUGGAGGCUGAUAUUCCGAACCAGGCACCAUGUGCCAGAGGAUCAAUCUCGCAUUACUUGGAUAGAGAAGGACUUUGCCCGCAUACAGGUGAAGGAUGACGAUGUCAUCAAGGAGAUCAACAUCACGCACGUGGUCAAGGAAGGCUCGGAGAGGGCCGACCCCUCACAGUUCGAGCUGCUGAAGGUGCUGGGCCAGGGCUCCUUCGGCAAGGUGUUCCUGGUGAGGAAAAUCACGCCUCCGGACAGCAAUCAGCUCUAUGCGAUGAAGGUGCUGAAGAAAGCCACGCUGAAGGUCAGAGAUCGUGUCAGGACCAAGAUGGAGAGGGACAUCCUGGCAGACGUCAACCACCCUUUCGUCGUAAAGCUGCAUUAUGCCUUUCAGACGGAAGGGAAACUGUACCUUAUCCUGGACUUCCUCAGGGGGGGGGACCUCUUCACCAGGCUGUCCAAGGAGGUGAUGUUCACAGAAGAGGAUGUGAAGUUCUACCUAGCUGAACUCGCCCUCGGCCUGGAUCACUUACACGGGCUGGGGAUCAUCUACAGGGACCUGAAGCCCGAGAACAUCCUGCUGGACGAGGAGGGGCACAUCAAGCUCACAGACUUUGGCCUGUGCAAAGAGGCCAUCGACCACGAGAAGAAGGCAUAUUCGUUCUGCGGCACAGUGGAGUACAUGGCGCCGGAGGUGGUGAACCGCCAGGGUCACAUCCACAGCGCUGACUGGUGGUCAUUCGGGGUACUGAUGUUCGAGAUGCUCACUGGAUCGCUACCCUUUCAAGGCAAAGACCGAAAAGAAACCAUGAACCUCAUCCUCAAGGCCAAGCUGGGCAUGCCGCAGUUCCUCAGCUCGGAGGCGCAGUCCCUGCUCAGGGCUCUGUUCAAGAGGAACCCCGCUAACAGGCUGGGAUCCGGCUCCGAUGGCGCAGAGGAGAUCAAACGCCACUCUUUCUUUUCCACUAUUGACUGGAACAAACUCUUCCGGCGGGAAAUCAAGCCCCCCUUCAAGCCGGCUGUGGCCCGACCCGAUGACACCUUCUACUUCGACACGGAGUUCACGUCCCGCACACCUAAAGACUCCCCUGGUGUCCCCCCCAGUGCCGGCGCGCACCAGCUCUUCCGGGGAUUCAGUUUCGUGGCCACAGUGCUGCUGGAUGACGAGACCAAGCAGGAGGUGGUGCCGGCCCCCCCGCAUCCGGUGGUGCAGCAGCUGCACGGGAAGAACAUCCUGUUCAACGAUGGUUACAUCCUGAAGGAGGACAUCGGGAUGGGCUCCUACUCUGUGUGCAAGCGCUGCGUGCACAAGGCCACCAACACGGAAUACGCAGUCAAGGUCAUUGAUAAGACCAAGACCGACCCGACAGAGGAGAUAGAGAUCUUGUUGCGAUACGGACAGCACCCCAACAUCAUCACCCUGAAGGAUGUGUAUGACAGCGGGAAGCAGGUGUACCUGGUGACGGAGCUGAUGCGUGGGGGAGAGCUGCUCGACCGCAUCCUGAAGCAGAAGCUCUUCUCGGAGCGCGAGGCCAGCGCUGUGCUCUAUACCAUCACCAAGACCGUGGAGUACCUGCACAUGCAGGGGGUGGUUCACCGAGACCUGAAACCCAGCAACAUCCUCUACGUGGACGAGUCCGGGAACGCAGAAUCGCUCCGUAUCUGUGACUUUGGGUUCGCCAAGCAGCUGCGUGCCGACAACGGCCUCCUCAUGACUCCCUGCUACACUGCCAACUUUGUCGCCCCUGAGGUGCUGAAGCGGCAGGGUUAUGAUGAGGGCUGUGACGUGUGGAGUCUGGGCGUUCUGCUCUACACCAUGCUGGCUGGCUUCACCCCGUUUGCCAACGGGCCCGAGGACACGCCUGAUGAGAUCCUCAGCCGCAUCGGGAACGGCCACUUCACGCUGCAGGGCGGCAACUGGGACUUCGUGUCGGACGCUGCCAAGGACUUGGUGUCCAAGAUGCUGCACGUCGACCCGCAUAAGCGACUCACGGCUCGGCAGGUUCUAAAGCACCCUUGGAUGGUCCAGCGAGACAAGCUUCCCAACAGCCAGCUACAGCAUCAGGACGCCCAGCUCGUUAAGGGCGCCAUGGCUGCCACCUACUCAGCCCUGAAGAGCUCAGUGCCCACGCCCCAGCUGAAACCCAUCGAGUCAUCCAUCCUGGCACAGCGACGAGUGAAGAAGCUGCCGUCCACGUCCCUAUAGGCCCCAGCCGGCUGGCAUCCGGGCCACGGACCGGCCUGAUGGCUGCUGUGUGGGAGGCGCUGCUCAGGAUCUGGGGGGGCGGUGUGUCAGACAGCUGGCCGCCCUGCAGGACAGAGACACUCCUGUGAACUCCCCUCUGACUGUGUGUCCCUCAGCGCUGCUGUCGCUGCCCUCCGUCACUGUGUUUUUUGUCCGUUCUCCCUCUUUACACAUUGGAAUAUAUAUAUACACACACACACACACACACACACACAGACACAGUAUAUCUGCUGUACAUGUGAUGCCAGGUAGUUGUCCUAGAGUCCCCGGUGCAGUGAGACCUCAGACACUGUCGACCCCUUGCGGCAUGACGUGAUGUGACGUAACGGCCCCUUUCUUCCACUUCACACAUGUCAACGAUGGGCAGCUGGCUGGGGUCACCAGGGUGAUGCUGUACUGGGCCCUUGGCUUAUGCUUUUGGGUGUUUCUUGGGUUCACCAAAUGCUGUCUGUCGGGACUUUUAUUUUGAAAUGGGUUUUCCGCUGCAGCAUGCUGGCUCCUGUGGAGGGCUCAAGCUGCUGUUCUGGCUCUCACUGGGGUUACAUUGAGCACUUUGACAUCCUCCACCCUAUGGAUAAUAAACAAUAAAUCCAUGAAUCGGCAUGCGAGUGAUUUGGAAGCUGGCCUACUGGCUCUGCGCUUAAAUUUCAUUUGAUUUAGACAUUGGAAGUGAAACCUUGUCCAGUGGUGGCGGUGGGCAGAUGAUGUCACACACGGACAGCGCAUUAGCCAAUCAGAAGUCCCGCUCUGUGUCCUUAGCGAUUGCCCUUUAUUAAAAAUGUAUAUUAGCCAACAGGAGGCCGGUAGAUGUAAGUGGGAUUGAACAGGUACUUGUGGAAGUGGCCCCUGCCCCCCCCCCCGCUGUUUUCUUCUGUUUUGUCCAGUUUCUUCUGAUCUUUGAACAUUCUCAGUCUCUGACUGUUUUGUAUCGCUCCCCCUCCCUGUGUGGGCAGAGCCUGCUCUCACUCCCAGCUCUCCAGCCUUUUCUAUGUCCCGUCAGAUCAGCCCAGGGUCUUCCCCUGUUCUGUGUUCAUUGUGAAUCAGGGAUGCACUGGCCGAGGCUCGCUGUCGCCCCCUAGCUUUGAGGGGACUGCUGGUUGCCUUGAAGAGUCUCUCCAAUAAAUGGUCCUCUACUCUU